UCUUAAAUCAAUGAAGGUAGCACAUGUUGAUGUAUUGUGUUUAUAAAUAAAAAUCUAAUUUUGUUCGUAACUACUGCAAAAUCUACCGCAUAGGAGUGAUUAUAACCAUGUUUCGGCGUGCAAGUCAGUGAUCGAAAUCUCAAUAAUCGUGUGUGAAUUAUUCUAAUUAAAAUUCGUGUUUAAUAAACAAAAUCAACCAUGGGACGUAAAGGUCAAAGUGGUCAUAAUAAACCGAAGAAAUCUGCGUUGUCUAGAAACAGAAAAGACAUAAACGAACUUGUCGAUAAAUUAUUAAGAAUUAGCACUAUAUUACAACAAAAUGAUUUAUCUAAAUCGUUAGAGAAUCAAAAAGAGAUCAGUAUUAUUACAGGAAAAUUGAGGAAUUUACAAAUACAACCAAAAAAUAAAAUAAAUUUAGAUAGAAGCGCUGGUGCUGCCACUAUCGAUAAGUUUAUGAACUGGUGCGAAGAAAAUGGCGCGCAACUUAAAGGUUGCAAAAUUGAAAACAUCGAAGGUUUUGAUUUAGGAUUAAAAGUAUGCACAGAAAUUCCGCCAUCUUCUCUAGUUAUAUCAGUUCCAAGAAAAUUAAUGUUAACUAUUGAAGCAGCGAAGAAAACAGAAUUAAAAGAAUUGAUAGAAAAAGAUCAAAUGCUUGCAAAUAUGACUAAUGUUGCACUCGCGAUAUUCUUAUUAUUCGAAAAGUUUAAAGACGAAUCAUUUUGGACACCCUAUAUUAAUAUCUUACCGUCUGCUUAUACAACGGUUUUAUAUUUUAAUACAGAAGAGUUGGAAGAAUUGAAAGGAAGUCCCACUUUAGAAAUUGCUUUAAAGCAAGUGAAGAGUAUUUCUAGACAAUAUGCUUAUUUUUAUAAGUUGUUUCAUACAUCGAAUGAUCCUGUUAGUUUACUUAUGAGAGAAAAAUUCACUUACGAUGAGUAUUGUUGGGCAGUGUCUACAGUUAUGACCAGGCAAAACACAAUUCCUUCCGAAGAUGGCGAGUUUACGGUCAAUGCGUUAAUUCCUCUUUGGGAUAUGUGUAAUCACACAAAUGGACAGAUUACCACUGAUUAUAAUCCCGAUCAAAAAAGGUGUGAAUGCCUGGCUUUAAAAAAUUAUCAACCGGGCGAACAGUUUUUCAUUUUCUACGGUGCCAGAACUAAUGCAGAACUUUUCAUACACAACGGGUUUGUAUAUGAAGACAAUAUUCAUGAUGGCUACUGGGUUAAAUUGGGCAUCAGUAAAUCCGAUCCGUUACAGGAAAAACGAGCAGAAUUAUUAAAUAAAUUGGGCAUGAGUCCGACUAGUAAUUUUUUCAUUAAGAAAGGCCCGCUUCCAAUCGAUGGAGGUUUGUUGGCAUUCGUGAGAAUCUUCAAUAUGAAUGAAGACCAACUACGCCAUUGGCUGGAAAACGACCGAUCAGACGACAUACAAUACUUAGAAUGCGCCCUAGAUACCAGUCUCGAAAAGAAAUCUUGGAUUUUUCUUCAAGCUCGUCUUAAAUUGCUUUUAGCCAUUUAUAAAACGACUCUCGAAGAAGAUUUAAAAUUGUUACAAGAAAAACGAUUGAGCGUCAAUCAACGAUUAGCGAUUAGAAUGAGAACGACAGAGAAAAUCAUAUUGAAAAGUGGUAUCGAAUAUGUGGAGCAGUACAUCAAACAAUAGGUGUUUUUUUUUUUUCGUUUAAUUAGUUUGAUUUUUUUCAUAUACAGGGUGGCGAAAAUUUAUUGGAAUAAGCAUAAAAAAAGAGUAAGAGAUAUGAGGUUGUUUACAAAAGUUGAAAAAAUGAUUUUAUAAUAGUGAAAAAUCGAAUUUUCAGUUUGUGAUUAUGUUUAGGGAUUUUAAAAAAUAUUAUUUUUUAGUUAACGAUUAUUAUAGAUAAAAAGUGAAAUUUAUCAUAAAAGAUUUUUUGGAAGUUCGAGGAUAAAUUUCAGAACUCCUGAAGUGUGAAAACAAACCUGAAAAAAACUGAAUAUAUUUUAUUCCUGAAUUUACUUUAUUUUCAGAUCCAAUAUGGCUUAAUUAGUACAAAUAAAAUAAAAAGUUUGUAUGUGACGUUUCGUAUUUGAAAGGCCACCCUCAGUCUUUGUUUUUUUUUUUCAAUUAAGAAUAUAUUAUUUUAUUAAAAUGUUAUUUUGCCAUUUUUAUGUUUACCAUUUAACUAUUAUUCAUUUUGAAAUGCUGGACGUUUUAAAAUCGUGGUAUUUAUUUGAGGUGUAAAGGAAAAUCUUAUACAUAAACGAAUUAUUUUUUCUUGAUAAAAAAAAAUUAUGUUAAUUUUAAUUUAAUUUUACGACAGCAUAGAAGGGACACAUUUUUUUAAUUGUGAAAUCCCGAUUGUAACAUGAAAUUCUACAUUUAAAUGAGACAUUUCUAAUUUGAAUAUAAAUUUCCGUGUUUAAAGAAAAAAUUUUCUUGUUCGAACACGGAAUUAAAUUUCGUGUUUGAAUACGGAAUUUCUUAUUUGAAUACGGAAUUUCUUAUUUGAAUUCCGUGUUCGAAUAUGGAAUUCUGUGUUCGAAUACAGAAUUCAUAUUAAAACAAAAAAUUUCUUAUUAAAACAUGGAACUCUAUUUUAAUACAAUCUAUAUUAAAAUGCAGAAACCGUAUUCAAACCAGACAUUUUGUAUUUAAAUACGAAAUUCCUUAUUAAAACAUGGAAUUCCAUUGUCAAAAACAAAAUUCUAUGUUUAAACAUGAAAUUACCUAUUCAAAUAAGGAAUUCCAUAUCAAAACACGGGAUUGUAUAUUCGAACAUGGAAUUCCAUAUUUAAAAUCGAAAUUGCGCAUUUUUACACGAAAUUUCUUAAGGUAUAGAAUUUCUUAUUCAAAUUCAGGAUUCUUUAUUUUAAAACGAAAUAUCGUAUUAAAACAUGGAAUUCCUUAUUUUAAUAUGAAAUUCCGUAUUAAAACACGGAAACUCAAAACUUUAUAUUUAAGAACGGAAUUACGUAUGCAUACACGAAAUUUUUUAUUAAAACACCAAAUUCUUUAUUAAAGCACGUAAUUCCAUAUUCUAACACGGAAUUCUAUUUUCAAAAACAAAAUUCUUUAUUAAAACUCAGAAUUCUGUUUCCAAACUCUACAAUUCGUAUUUAAAGGCGAAAAUUCUUAUUCAAACACGAAAUUCCUCAAUAAGACAUGGAAUUCCGUAUUCAAAUAAUGAAUUCCAUUUUCAAAAACAAAAUUUUAUGUUUAAACAUAGAAUUACUUAUUCAAACAAGGAAUUUCAUAUUGAAACACGGGCUUGUAUAUUUGAACAUGGAAUUCCAUAUUCAAAAUCGAAAUUACGCAUUUUUAAACGAAAUUUCUUAUUCAAAUACAGGAUUCCAUAUUUUAAUAUGAAAUUCCGCAUUAAAACAGGAAACUUAUUAUUAAAACACGAAAACCCAAAACUUCAUAUUUAAAAACUGAAUUGAAUACGUACAUGAAAUUUUUUAUUUAUUAAAACACCGAAUUCUUUAUUAAAGCUAGUAAAUCCAUAUUCUAACACGGAAUUCCAUUUUCAAAAACUGAAUUCUUUAUUAAAACUCGGAAUUCUGUUUCCAAACUCUACAAUCUGUAUUUAAAGGCGAAAAUUCUUACUCAUACACUAAAUUCCGUAUUUAAACAUGGAAUUCCAUAUUUAAAAACGGUAUUCCGCAUUUAAGCUGAAAUUUCCGAAACGCGGAAUUUCAAUGUUCAAAAAACGGAAUUAUAUAUUCAAACAAGGAAAUUCUUAUUAAACAUUAACUAUUAAAAUACAACAAUCCAUUCUCAAAUGCGGAAAUCUGUACUAAAACCGGAAAUUCUAUAUUCAAACACGGAAUUCCUUAUUCAAAUAUGGAAUCUCGUAUUCAAAAUCGAUAUUUAUUAUCGAAGUAGACAAUUCCAGUUGAAAGCCCGUAAUUUCCUAUUCAGACGCAGCAGAAUUCCAUAUUCGAAAACGGAAUUCUUUAUUCAAAUACGUUAUUGCAUAUUCAAAAACGAAAUUCCGUAAUAAAAUAUGGAACUAUUUAUUAAAACACGGAAUACUGUAGGUAUUACCACACAGAAUUCUUUAUUAAAAAUCAGAAUUCCGUAUUUAAACACGAAAUUUCGUAUUCAAACAAGAAAUAUUAUAUUUCCGUAUUCGAACGCGAAAUUACGUAUUGAAACUCGCAAUGCCAUGUUUGACCACUAUUGUAUAAUUUAAAAUAUUUUUUAUUUGAUGCUAUAUUUAUUAAUUUUUUAAUUAUAUGGGUUUAAAUACUUUAAUAAUAUGAUACAUAUUUUUAACCUUUUAAACCAAACUUAUUUUACAAAUUACAGAUUUAGAAAGUGUCGAAUAGUUACCACAAUUUAGCUUUACACAUUCUUAUUGCAGCUUUUUGUCUCGUGACAAUUUUAUACAAAUCAUUCUAAAUAAUACAUCACAGUUGAAUUACGACUAUAGGUCAAAAUUUGUAUUAUACAAUUCCUGCAAUUCAUCAGCAAUUUCUUACAAUUUCAAGCCAAUUCCCCAGCAAUUUCUUUAAACUUGUUAUUUCCUCACUCUCUCUUGUUUUAAACAUGUAAUUCUUCUUUAUUAUUUAAUUCCAUAAUUUUUUAUAAAUUAUCUAGAAAUGCGUCAGCAAUUUCUUAACAAUUUAUUAGCAGUUUCCUAGUAAUUCCUGAUUCUAAAUUUUUGGUACUGUGUACACAAAAUUGUUGCAAUAAAUUAAUAAAUAGGUGUUAUGAUUUCUGUCACAUUUUUAAGAUUGUUUUUGUUUGUUGUGUUAUUUUUAACAACAACGCGAUGGAGUGUUUAUUUAUAUUAUGUAUAUUUUACAUAAGUGUAAUACCAAUUUUGAAAUAAAAUUGUAUGUAAG